GCUACCCUUGUGAGCAGAGACAGAGAGGAGGGCUGCCUUCAUAAGGGGCCGGUCCUUCCUUCCUUCCUUCCCAGGCUCAGAUUAGCUGGUGCUGCUUUGCUUGGUGUAGGCUUGGGAGUGGGGGGAGGCGGAGGAGGAGGAGCCACUGCUGAAGCCUAGAUUUAUUCUUGGGAGACCCAUGGGAAAAAUCCGUUUAAAUGCUUUUUAAGAGAUCUCAGAUCCCCAGCAGCAGCCGCGCCUCGGGGUGUUGCACAAACGCAGAGUUCCCCGGAGAACCUCCUUGGCAUUACACCUAGCACCCCACCAUCCCCGGGAAGGAGGAAGGCUUUGGGAGUCGUGUGUUGCAUACUUAAAAACUAUACCCCCCUAGAGACAGAGGCUUUAGAAGCAAUCUCCUCCUCCUCCUCCUCCUCCUCCUCCGGGAAUAACCAUGACCAGAUGCUUGGACGAAUCGGACAUCAUGAUGGCGGAUGAAGGCUUCACCACCAGGGAUCUUCUGGACAACCUGCUCCUUGAGUUGUCUCAGAAGGGGAGCCGCGACGCGUUUUUCGUGGCAGAUCUGGAAGAGGUGGUGAAGAAACACGUGCGCCUCCUCAAGGCCCUGCCGCGCCUCAAGCCUUUCUACGCCCUGAAGUGCAACGGCAGCAAGGGGGUGGUGCAGACGCUGGCGGGGCUGGGAGCUGGCUUCAGCUGUGCCAGCAAGGCCGAGAUGGCCCUGGUGAAGCGUCUGGGCGUGGCGCCUGAGAGGAUCCUGUGCACCAGCCCGUGCAAGCCGGCCUCCUUGAUCCGAUACGCCGCCAGCCAAGGGGUGCAGCUGAUGACUUUUGACAGUGACGUGGAGCUCGGAAAGGUUGCCCGGAGCCACCCCUGUGCCAGGUAGACGGCAGCCGUGGUGAGCUCUGCCUUGGACCUGUAUUUCCCGGAAGGCUGUGGGGUGGAGAUUGUGGCUGAACUGGGGCGCUACUACGUGGACUCGGCGUUCACUUUAGUCGUCAACAUCGUGGCCAAGAAGGAGGUUCCCCUGGACCAGCCAGGCUCCGAGGACGAAGACCCCGGGGGCAAAAAGAGCUUCCUCUACCACGUUAACGAUGGCGUUUACGGCUCCUUCGGAUCGGUCCUCUUCAACAACGUCUGCCCCACUCCCGUCCUGCUGAAGAAACCUCCUCCGGACCAGCCGUUGCACAGCAGCAGCGUCUGGGGACCCACCGGGGACGGGCUCGACCGCAUUGUGGAUGGGGUGGAGCUUCCGGAGCUGCACCUGGGAGACUGGCUGAUCUUUGAGAACAUGGGGGCCUACACGGUGCCCGCGCCGCCUUCUCUCGGUGGAGGAGAGCAACCUGCGAUCUACUACACCAUGUCUCGUGUGGCCUGGGAAGCCGUCCAGCUCCUGCAGGGGAAGGUCCUGCACCCGGAGGAAGAAGAUCGGGAGAGCACCUGCGCCCCACUGUCCUGCGGCUGGGAGAUCACAGAUACCCUGUGCGUUGCCCCGGUUUUCACACCUGCGAGCAUCAUGUAAGCUCAGCCGACCAUUUGCACCGGGGGGGGCAGAAGCCCACCUCCCGAAAGAGUCCGGCUGCCACUUGCUCUGUUCCUGUUUCCCCCGCCCUCUCCUUCUCUUCUGCCUCCACCGUUUCAGCCCUGGAAGUAGGAGCCGUUUUUUUCCUCUCCUAUCCAGACCCCCCCCCCAAUGCAGUGUGGUUUUUAAGUAUGCAACAUAAAACCCUGUUCCUCCUGCUUCCUGGCCUUUUGUCA